AUGAGCAACGAAGACUUAGCCCAUGAUUUCUCUCCAAUGAUUAAAGUAUACAAAGAUGGUCGAGUUGAGAGACUCGCAGGAACAGACAGAGUUCCGCCAUCAACAAAUCCAGAAAAUGGCGUCCAAUCGAAGGACGUUGUGAUCUCACAAGAACCAGCCAUAUCUGCAAGAAUUUUCAUCCCCAAAACCACCACAGACUCACCCCAAACCAAACUCCCUCUUCUCAUUUACUUUCAUGGAGGAGGAUUCUCCAUUGAAAGUCCAUUUUCUCCAGCAUAUCACAGCUACGUCAACACCUUAGUCUCUGAGGCCAAUGUUGUUGCAGUCUCUGUUGACUAUAGGCUUGUCCCAGAGCACCCUCUGCCGGCUGCUUACGAUGAUUCAUGGGCUGCUAUCAAAUGGGUUGCUUCCCAUUUUGAUGGCAACGGCUCUGAAGAUUGGCUAAAUAGAUUUGCAGAUUUGCAGCGUGUGUUUUUCGCUGGGGACAGCGCUGGUGCUAAUAUAACACACAACAUGGCUGUGAAAUUGGGGUGUGAGGGAUUGGUUGGUGUUAAGCUGGUUGGGAUUGUUUUGGUGCAUCCUUUCUUUUGGGGCACAGAGCCAGUUGGGGCAGAGAUAACUACCCCUGCAGCUACAAAAGAGUAUAUGGCUGGUGUGUGGCGUUUUGCUUGCCCUUCGACUUGUGGAUCCGACGACCCGCUUAUAAACCCGGCUAAGGAUCCGAAAUUGGGGAAAUUGGGUUGUGAGAAAGUGCUGGUUUGUGUUGCUGAGAAAGAUGGGUUGAAAGAUAGAGGAUGGCAUUAUAGUGAGAUACUGAAAAAGAGUGGGUGGAAUGGUGCUGUGGAGGUCGUAGAAGCAAAGGUGUGUUCCAUUUGUUCAAUCCAAUUUGUGACAACGCUGUGGCCUUGA